GUGGCACUCACGUCACGAUAGUGAAGAAAUCAGACUUACCGGAUUCGCGGAGGAGCGUCGCUUUACUCGGUGUUCUUCGUUGUUAAGCGAAGUUUUCCCUUCAACGUCGAGCACAUACUCGGCCAAAAUGGGUCUCACCAUCUCGUCGAUUUUCAAUUCUCUGUUCGGAAAGAAACAAGUGAGGAUUUUAAUGGUUGGACUUGACGCUGCCGGUAAAACGACCAUCUUGUAUAAAUUGAAGCUUGGAGAAAUUGUAACAACCAUCCCAACUAUUGGUUUCAAUGUGGAAACAGUUGAGUACAAGAAUAUCAGUUUCACAGUGUGGGACGUUGGUGGCCAGGACAAGAUCAGGCCUCUCUGGAGACAUUAUUUCCAGAACACGCAGGGUCUCAUCUUCGUUGUGGACAGUAAUGACAGAGAGCGAGUGCAAGAAUCGGCCGAUGAGCUCGCAAAAAUGUUGUCGGAGGACGAGUUGAAGGAUGCCGUUUUGCUGGUGUUUGCCAACAAGCAGGAUCUCCCGAAUGCCAUGAGUGUCAGCGAGCUCACAGAAAAACUGAAACUCCACCAACACCGCAAACACUGGCACAUGCAGUCCACCGUUGCCACCCAAGGCACCGGGCUGUACGAAGGGCUGGACUGGUUAUCCAAAGAACUUGCCAAGAGCUAAAAAUGGAGGUAGAGGGACUGGUCAAUGGAGGACAUUACAAACGGAACAGAUGCAUUUUGGUCUACCAGCUCCAAGUUUAAACAAAUUGAGUAGACAUUUUAUAAGUCGUUCAAAAUCAUCUACAUAAAAUUACUAGAAUUUGUGAGUCCAGUUACAACACAACUUGUGCACAGCAACCAAAUAGUUUUGCCCAUUUUUUUGUGGAUGUUUCUUGAAAACUGCACAAGCAAAAAACGUUUUUCAAUCAUACAAAGACCUAAGGUGUUUAGGAAUGAUGGGGGUUCACCGUUCUGAAGAAGCAUCCACUUACUGAGAUCCAUACAGGCUCAUUUGCUUAUAUGCAUUAGUCGCUCAAGUGAAGUCAUAUAUAUAACUACAUAUCUAUUUUUAACUGAUGAUUUGAUCCCAUAUUCUGUGUUUGUGAGGACCUUCACAGAGAUGAUUUGUUGCCUGAACACGUGUAGCCUAGGGGACAGAUCCAAAGUCAAAAACGUGCCUUCUGGUCCAGCUUUUUUUUUUUUUCAGAUGCAGAAGAAUCUUUUCCCUGUUAUUGUUUGGCCAAGUGCCUUAAAAACAAACCAGGAUUUUUAACUUGACUUGAUUGUGGUGUUUUUGUCAUGUACGAUGCAACAGGACAAUGGUGAAAUGCUUUACUUGCUUUGCAAACUGUCAACCAGCGAUGCCCAUGAUAAAUGCAUCAACCACAAUCAGUUUGUUGAAACUGAGUGUCAUGUUGACAGGGGCUUUGAAGAAGGUGCAUUUGCAGAGCCAGUGAGAUGGUGUUUUUGUUUUGUUUAUCCUUCUUUAACAUUGCGUUUUGCUUCAAUUGCCUUACAUCUCUCCUAAAUGUCCUGUCUCUUCCGAGUAUCCCAUGCAGCCACCUAUGCGUUUACAUUCCAGCAAAUGCUUGCAGACAUGAAUUUGUGAUAAACUGUUUUACCAAUACAAAAAAAACCUGAAUAAAAAGUGGAAACAAGAA